UUAAUGCUAGCCAAUAUGACAAACAAAGUUCAUUGCUGAAUACUUUUUAUACGUCAGAGGUAUCCACGUUUUAUAAUGACGUCGAUUUCACAACUUACAGAAGAAGAGAAAAACUUCACCAGAUUUUUCUUACUCAACUUUAAAGUAUCACCUGACAUUGCAAGGCGAUACUUUAAUGUCAAAUUUCCACCAGCACACUUAGCUUUAACUCUCAACAAUAGUAUGAAUGCCAUCAUGAAGCUAAACAAAUCCAGAAGAAUCAAUACAGCCCAACUAGAAAUUCUAAGGGGUGUCCCUGGUACUAUAUGGCCAUCAUAUCUUCCACCUAUGACUGCUGGAGUCGGAUCAACAGCGACCUCUUCCAAGGACUUUGACCUGACAAUGAUGAUAUGUCUGUUACGUAAUAUCGGAGGUUUAUCAACACCCUCCAAUGGAUGGGAUAAACUUCCGCAUCCGAAUGAUACGUCACCGGGAGCGGCUCUUGCUAUCCUGAAGUGGUACAGAAACCAGUUGGCUCAUACAACAGUUACUUCAUUCGACAACAAUGAAUUCAAAGACAAAUUGACUAUGGUUGAGACAGCUUUGAACAUUUUAAAUAAUGGUCAAAGACCAAAAGAAGUAACUGAAAUCUUGAACUACGAUCUUGAUGGAGACCAAGCAAAAUUAUUAGCCAAAGAAGACCUUGAGCAACUAAAAAAAGUGUAUCUGGAUCGUGGGAAGGAAAAAGAACAAAUACAAAGUGAUUUUUCCCAUUACAAGAAAGGCAAUCUUCCGAAUCUCAUCGCAGAAGCGAAUGCAACUUUGGUUGAAUCAUGGAUAAAAGACGAUAAAUAUUUUUAUGAGACAAAGGGAUCUGAGCUUGUUUAUGAUCAAAUGGACGAUUGUAGCUGUAUUCUGUUGACAUCAAAUUUAGGAUUUGGAAAGACCGCCACCAUCCGACAUAUCGCAAUACAAUAUAAACUGAACGGAUUUGAAAUUAUUUCCGUAGAGUCGCCAGAGGACAUAAUCAAAUACAAAACAAAUGAGAAACAAGUCUUUCUUAUCGAUGAUGUCCUUGGUAAAUACGAUUUGGAUCUGACACUGUUGGAUAACUGGGAAAGAAUCAACGAAAAGCUAAUAAGCAGCAUAGAAACAGGACAAGGUUCAACAAAAAUAUUGUGUACACUAAGAUUAAAUAUAUCACUUCAUCAGAGAUUUAAAAAUGCAACCACAAUUUUGAACAAAGUAGUCGUAAAUUUGGAACAAGAGACUACAAGUCUUUCAAAAGAGGAGAAGCAGAACAUAUUAAGAAAACAGCUAAUGAGAAGUAAUUUAGAAACUGAAAUUGAAACAGAGGAAGUUGAUUUAAUGUGUGAAACGAAUUAUGCAUUUCCUCUUCUUUGCAAAUUAGUUGUAAACAAUGAGGAAAGAUUCAGAAAAAGAAAAACAUUCUUUAGGCAACCAUUAUCACUUUUAGAUGAGGAACUUGAUAAAAUGAGUAAUAAGAAUAAGAACUUAUAUUGUAUUUUACUGCUAUGUAUGAUGUUUAACGGCUCAUUUAGUAGAAACAUGUUUGACAUUGACUCUGAUGAAUGUGAUAAGAAAAUAUACAAAAUGACGCAAACUUGCGGACUUCAAAGAAACAUUUCUAAGAUUGAACUUGAGAAUGGCGCCCUCUCUGCUCUAAGAUCUUAUUUCAGAAAAGAAAAUAACAAUUUCGAGCAAAUUCACAAUGUUAUUGAACAAACUGUCGGUUGGCAGUUCUGUACUAUGAAUCCUAAAGGAAUAUUCGAAAAGGCUUUAGAAAACGCUGAACAGAAACAUCGUCAACACGUAUACCAGGAUAGUGAAAAGGAAAAAGAUCAGAUAGAUCAUGUUUGCUCCAUUGCCUCGAACGGAAAUCUUCCAAAAAACAUCACAGAUUCAAAUGCAACUUUUGUUGAAACAUGGAUAAAAGAUGAUGAAACUUGUUAUGAGACACAGGGAUCAGAACUAGUAUAUGAAAAAAUAAAGGAUUGUAGCUGUGUUGUGGUGACAUCAACUUCAGGAUUAGGAAAGACUGCAAUAAUUCGACAUAUUGCUUUAAAAUUUAAACACGAGGGAUUUGAAAUUAUUAUCGUAGAGACACCAGAUGAUAUACUCAAAUACAAGACAACUGAUAAACACGUUUUUCUUAUUGAUGAUGUUCUUGGUAAAUACAACUUAAGUCCGACAAUUUUGGACACAUGGGAAAAAAAUAACGAAAAUUUAAUAACCUACUUUGAAAACACGGGUACAGGUUCAAAGAAAAUAAUGUGCUCAAUGAGAUUACAAAUAGCACUUCAUACAAGAUUUAAAAAAGCUUCCACUAUUUUAAACAAAGGAGUCAUCAAUUUAGAAUGCGAGCCUUAUGCUCCUUCAGAAGACGAAAAACAAAACAUAUUAUUGAAACAUCUUCAAAGUCGUAAGCUAGAGGGAAAAAUUGAACAAGAGGAGGUCAACGUGAUGUGUGAAACGAAUUAUGCGUUUCCUCUUAUAUGCAAAUUAGUUUCAAGUAAUGAAGAUAGAUUCAGAAAAAGAAUUGCAUUCUUUAGGCAACCAUUGUCACUUUUAAAGGAGGAGCUGAAUAAGAUGAGUAAUGAAAAUAAACAGAUGUAUUGUGUGUUGGUGCUAUGUAUGCUGUUUAAUGGUUCAUUUAGUAGAGACAUGUUUGACAUUGACUCAAGUGAAUGCGAUAAGAAAAUAAACAAAAUAAUGCAGACUUGUGGACUUCCAAGAAAUAUGUCUAAGAGAGAACUUGGUGAUAGUGCACUUUCUGUUUUAGGAUCGUAUUUCACAAUGGACAGUAACAGUUUCCGAUUUAUUCACGAUGCUCUGGAAGAGACCGUAAGUUGGCAUUUCUGUACAUUAAAUCCCAAAGAAAUGUUUUCAGACUGUAAUAUCUUGUUUAUUAGAGAUCGUGUCAGAAUUUAUUCUGGUGAAAACAUAAAUGAAAGCUUUGGUGAAAAUAUUGUGAUAAUUCAGGAAGAUGAAUUGAACGAGGAUCAUAUUAGAUCGUUAUAUAAUAGGUUGUGGACUGAAAUAAACAAUGGCAGAUUUUCAAAUUUGUUGAUGAGUCAAUUUUUAAAGAAUAAAAACUUUGUACAUGCGUUUGGAACCCAUUUAGAAAAAAAAAAGAGCACACUUGGAUCCAAAAAAAUCUUUUCUAAAGUUAGUUCGGAGCGGAGAAAUAGCUUCCAUCCGUCUAUUUUUCAGGAGUUUUUUAAGACUGUGUCCAUUGAUGAAUUUCGUGAUAAAAAAGAUGCCAUUAGUCGAGUUUUAGUGGCUAAAGUCAACAGAAGUACACUAAUGGACUGGAUAGUUGCCUUCGGCUGUUAUGAAUUAUUUCAAUUUGCUUGGAGCUCGAUGACAUCCUCAGAACAGAAAUGUAUUCUUGGUAGAGGUUAUAUGUCUAAGUCAUUCCUUCCUCUGGCUGUCCUAGGUGGUAGCUUUGGUAUUGUUAAAGAAUUAAUUCGCACUGGAGCAGACGUUAACUGUUUUUCCGAGUUUUGGGAAACACCUUUAUUUAUAGCAGUUAAAUUAGGUCGCUGUGAUAUUGCAAGCUUGCUUUUACGCAAUGGAGCACGUUUAAAUCUUCGAGGAUGGUUUGACAUGAAGAUCCCAAUUUUAGUCACUUCAAACAAUUACCAAUUAACCCUUUUAAUUCUUAAAUAUGAUUUAAAUCAGACCAAACUUCAUAAAGCAGUCCGACAUAACGAUCUACAUAUUUUGAGAUCAAAUAUUUCAUCCGAUAUUAUUGAUCAUAAAACAAAGAGCGGAUGGACUGUCCUACAUUACGCUGUAUUAUUAAAUAAUUUAGAAGCUGUUAAGAUUUUAUUCCAUGACGAAUUGACCCAGAAAGAUGAGUCUUAUCUUGACUGUUUGCAAGUUGAUCAAAGAGAAUAUGUAUGGAGAAAGCCGACACCUACAGUAAGCAUAGCUGACAAUAAUGGACUCACUACUGUCCAUCUAGCAGUUAUCAACAAUAAUACAGAGAUACUAUCUCUGCUGCUUCAGCAUAAAGCUGACGUAAAGUUCCGUGAUGUUCUCGGCAGAACCCCUUUACAUUACACAACUAGUGAAAGUGCAAAAACAUUAUUACUCACUUAUAGCGCUCAAAAUUAGUGUUUGCACACUAACUAUUAUUAUAACGCAGAUGAGAGGAGAGAAUACACAAAAAGACUUAAAUCACCUUUCAUGACAAGAUGUUUUCAUAUUACUGUACUAACUGCUUCAGAAAUAAAUGUAUGACUGUAUAACACAUACAAGACAGUGAGGUGAAACAUCUUUACUUCUGUUAUAAUAGUCAUCAAAGGUACCAGGAUUAUUAUUCAAUACGCCAGACGCGCGUUUCGUCUACAUAAGACUCAUCAGUGACGCUCAUAUCAAAAUAUUUAUAAAGCGGUAUUUUAUACAAGCGGAUACUAGUGAUUGCAUAAAAACAUCAAGAAGAGAGUCAAAUUUAUUGAAUGACAUGUAUAUAUUUGAGUUAAUUAUGUCUUUCGACUUUCUGGUGGAAAAACCUUUUGAUUUUGUUGCAUAUUUUCCUUCAAUCACAUUUUGUAUGCUGUGAUGUUUUUUUUUCAGUUUCGCAAGAUAUCGAGAGAAAAAAGGUACAUGAUAUCGAACACUGAAGACGCUUUCGAAAUUGACCAUGUGUAACCGUACAAUUCCUCCUGAUAUCUCCCUGUUCACGCUUUCCUUGCUUCUACUUCACCUUUG